AUGGCUAAUGAAAAGUUGAGCCGACAAAACACGGAGUCAACAUUAAGAAACGAAAAAAAGUUAGUAGAGGAAAAAUUGGAAAAUUUUAAAACUGAGAAAGUAGGGCUUCUAAAACAAAUUGAAGAUGGAAAACAGGAAUUAAGUUUAGUUCGGGUUAAAAAAGAUGAGCAGUUAAAAUUAAUAGAAGACAAAUUAAUUAAAAAGGAUGAUAGGUUGAAGGAGUUGGAAAAGGAAAUGGAGGCUUUGCGGGUGGAUAAAGAAAAAGUGAUUAGCCAAAAGGAGAAUUCUUUACAGGAGGCGAGUGGUGAAUUGGAAAGAAAGGAACAUGAGAUUAAAAUUUUACAAAGCGAAAAAUUUGAAACAGAGGAAAAGUUGUUAAUUGAAAAAUUAAAUUCAGAAAAGAGUGAUUUAGAAGUUGUUGCUAGUGAAUUAGGGAUUAAUUUGGAAGCACUUCAUGAUUUAAUUAAGAAUUAUCAAAGGUUACUAUUUGCUCACAAAGAGCAUGAUCGGGUCGUUGUUGAAGACAGUGAGGGAAAAAUUGCUAAAACUAAGCAAACUUUAUUAAAUUCAAAAGUUAGCAUAGAAAAUGUUCGAAAAGUUAGUCGAGAAUGUGAAAGACUUGCUGCUUUGCACUAUUACAAAAUAUUAAAGGUGAGCGAAACUGCCACCCUAGAAGAAAUAAAAAAUACUUAUCGAAAAAGUUUAGAAGAGAAAGAAAAAGCUAAUGACGAAAUGAAAAAAAUAAAUGAGGCUUUUGAGAUUUUAGGCGACGAAGAAUUAAGAAAAAGAUAUGAUAACGGAGAAACAAUUGCUUCCGAUUUUGAUAAACUUAAAUUGAAAAUUCUUAAACUAGAAAUGAAGGCUUUGGAUCGUUCCUCAACCCUUAACGAAAUUGGAUCGGCUUUUUGUUUUACUUUGCCACGGGGCGAGGAUAGGAGCGAAGAAUUAAAAAAUUUCAAGGAGGAAAUGAUUAAAGCGAUUAAAGAAACUGAGGUUACUCUUAGGAUUAGGAAAGAAAAUAAGAAAAGAGGUGAAGUUGAUUCUGAAUUAAAUCAGGCUAGAACAGUGGCUUUCCAAGAAAUAGAAAAGUCAAUAAAUGAAAAAGAUUUAAAAGUCGAGGACUUAAGACAAUAUGCUAAUUAUCAGGAAAGAAUUAACAGUUCAGGCGAAGUACCAAGAGAAAAUCCUAAUUACCCACCUUGGCCAAAUCCUAAUCCGGGAUUCCCAGUUAGAUCUAACUUUCCGAAAACAGAGCCAGGAAGGUUAGUUGAUGAAAUUAAACGAGAACGAUUAACCAAUGAUCGUUUGAAUAAACAUAUUUCUUUCUUAGAAAGUAAAAAUAAAAAACUAGAAGAGGCUGUUCAGUCACUAAAAGUUGUCGCUCCCCAGACUUCUUGGAUUAAGCAAUUUCCUUUUAUUGGGGGGAAAAACCAGCAAGCCCAAGUCCAAGUUCCUCCCAAAAAAUAA